AUGAUAGGUUUGCAGAUGUCUUCUUUCAAAGAUGGUGAUCACGCUAUAUUGACACGUCAUGACAGAACUAAAAUUGUACAAAUUCGUAAAGAAAGACCGAUUAUAAUUGAAAAACAUAAACUUUAUCUAGACAAUCUAAUCGAUCAAAUUGAUGGAACAUAUUACGAAUUAGAUGGACAACAAUUAAAGAAAUUAGAUGCCAAACAAGUACAUCAACUCGAACAAACAGAUCAAUUUGAUCAUGGCUGUGAUAAUCGAGAUCUAUGUGAUGAAUCGCAAAAUCAACUUUUACAACAUGAAGAUAUUGAAAGUUUAAAGUCACAAGGCACAUCUGGUCAAAUACAUGCAAAUUUAUCGAGCAUGGAAGCCAAGUUUUUACGUCGAGAUACAUUGGCCAUGUUAUUGUCAUUAUCAAAUGUUAGCUGUGAAUCAACUGUUGCAAUUGUUGAAUCAUGUCAAGGACUUGUUCUCGCAUCUGUUAUUCAACGUUGUGCUGGAAAUGGAAAAAUAUUUAAUUUAACAGUUGGUGGAAAUACAAAUUCCACACUUCCAUGUUGUGAUUUUAUGGAUUUUCCAUCAGAAUUAACAAACAACGUAUACACAUUACCAUUAGAAAAUAUUGGUGAUAAAAAAUAUCUUAUCAAUGCAAAAUUGACAACAACAGCAUGCGCUAAUACAGAGACGUCAUCAAAAAUGAGAGAACAAAAAUCUAUUGUUGCUGAAGAAAGACGUCAGCGACGUAUCGAUGGUUUAGAAUUAUUUGAAAACACUAAGCUAGAUAGUUUAAUUAUUGCCACAAAAUAUGAUUCAUUAUCAAUACUAAAACAUUUAAUUAAUUAUCUUAAUAUUUCAUCCCAUUUUGUUAUCUAUUCACAAUUUGUUCAAGGUCUUUUGGAAUGUUACAAAUAUUUAAAACAACGAGGUGGAUGUAUUCAUGUCGAACUAUCUGAUUCAUGGCUUCGUGAAUAUCAGAUUCUUGAGAAUCGAACUCAUCCAUUAAUUCGAAUGUCUGGUACUAGUGGCUAUUUGCUUAGUGGAAUAAUUGUUGACAACAAUUAA